CAUUAGUGUCUUCCCAUCGUCAGCCGUGCCAGUGUGUGCGUGUGGCGUUUGAAAUGGUGGUCGGUAACGGUUAAGGAUGAUGGGCGGCCGGUGGGCCGUCGUGCCUGCUAUGAGUGGCUGUCGACGGUUCGGCUCAGUCUAUAAAAGCACUUGAAAGCUCCGUGUAGCAGGUUAGAUUACUUCACACGACGGACGAGCACGGAACGGAUUCCUGUCCUGCCUUCAGGAUUCUACUGAUCGGUUCAAUACAGUACAGCUCUAGUGGUGGUGGUAAUACAGUUCAAAAAAACGUUAAAAAAGCUAGGUGCAGUGGUUUAGCUCCCUUCAGACCGACGGCUCCACACAAGCGGUGGGUCACAAAUUUUCCGAUCGCCACUAGCAGAUAGGCUUCGCAAGGGACGCGGGUUCAUUGUAAAGUAUGAUGGAUUCGAACGUGAAUAAUUAAUCCUUCCCGGGUGGACCGUGUCGGGCAGCAAGUUACCGUGAGGCGUGUGAGUGGCUUUCAGUGUUUGGCGUGACUGUGACACAAUUUACUGCACUACUCGACGUAACCGUUUUGAGCACGACCGUUGCACGUGCCGCUGAAGCCUCCAGCCUGGGCCGGGAAGGUGUUGUUCUGAAAGUUUGGCAACGCAAUGCGAAGAAUGCUCGCACAGAUCACGAUCUGCCUGGUGCUGAUCGAAACGCCGAACGUUUGGUGUAAACUGUCCAGCUACAAAGCAAUCGUACCGCCGGCCAAGAUGAAGUCGGACGAGAUAGCCAAAUUUGCACAAGUGAAUUACGACGAUUAUCCGAUGGUAGUGCCGAAGCGGGCGGCCAUGCUACUGGACCGGCUGAUGGUGGCCCUGCACCAUGCGCUCGAGAAGGGCGACGGUGAGGAUGGCAGUGGGCGACCAAUCAACAAGGUGUACCGGGAUGGACGUUACACCGGCAAGCCCACGGUUUCGCUGGCACCGGUGAAAAUACCUCAACCGCCGCCGCCGCCGAGCAAAACGGAGCAACUGAUGAAAAGCUAUUAUGCCGAAGCGGAUGCGGAUGCGGAGGCUGAGGACCGGGUGGCUAACUCCAUCCCGGACGAGAUCGAUGACAUCGAGGCGCGGAAGGAGCUGCUGGACGAAAUGGUAAACUAGAGUACUGAUACUGAACUGUGCGUGUAUGGACAUCCAAACGCGGGGCACCGAGGACAAAACCAAGAAGGGCAGAUACUGGAAAUGCUACUUCAAUGCAGUCAGCUGUUUUUAAACGGUCCAGCAAGAGAGUGGCUCACACAGGCAGGGAUGAGAUGGUGCGUGAGUCCGAGCCUAGUCCGCUGCCAAUUAAAUGCAAACCAUCGAAGGCAGUUUACCCCCAUUAGAGGAAGUCAAUCGCGGCAAUCGACGAUCACGACAACGCGGCAAGCAAUGAACAUUUAAAAUUUAACAAUUCUAACAACAAACUCGAUCUGUAAGAUGUGGGCAAAAAGGGGGUGGUCGGUGGCCUGAGUUGAACGGUGGUGGAUUAUGCCGAAACCGUUUGUUGGUUCGCUAUCCAUCCGCAUUCCUAGUUGGACAUACAAGUGACACCCUCAAUCGAUGGGGACAUUGUUGGACGGAUAUGCAAAUGUAUUAUUAUUAAAGCACUGGUAUUGGUCAUAUUACAAACAAAUCAAUAAAUUAAAAUUAAUUAACUAAGUACAAUGAUUUGGUG